GUGGCGUAUACACAGCAAAUUUCCCGAGGCAUUUAGAAAUGCUAGGAAAAAGAACUUGAUGUAAAUUUUAGUCGUUGUUUUUACAUUUCUUCAUCAAAUCGAUUGGAUAAAAAAUAUUGGCCAAAUAUUAAUUGAAUUAUUGUAUUCCAUUCUAGCAGCUUGAAACAGCGCAUUGGAAUGUAUAAGUCACUAGUUCGAAAUGUCUUCACGCUAUCAAUAUUCAGUAUAGUGCUUCUUGUGUAUAUUUAUCGUAGAAGUCACACUCAGGGGAACCACAGAAAACUGUCUCGCACUAAUUACAGCAUGAGUCGUAUUUCAAAUUUGACCGUGGCUGCUACAGAAGAGUCGACAACUUUCGCAGCAAAAUACGACUGGUCAGCAGCAGCUGAAAGAUUUAAAAAAAGACUGCAGACCGUAAGACGAACCUGCGAUCGAGAUUUGCCGAGCAAAACGUGGGUGUCAAACUUCUAUUUUCUGGUGGAUGUUCCUCGACGUCUGUUGGUGUGUGCAGUGUACAAAGCUGGGAGUACGUCGUGGCACAGAACGUUUUGGGCAAUAAGACGUAAAAGAAGCAAUCUCAGUACGGAUGAUAAGAAGUAUUACACGCCAGAUGAUACCAUUAGAAAUCAAGGAAUAGCCGCUCAUCUGUCGAAAUCGAAUGGUUUAAAACUCAUUACAGUAACUAGAGGAGAUGACGAUUUUACUCGAGAACCCCCGGAAGGAUCUAGUUUCCGUGUGUUAUUGGCGCGUCAUCCAUUUGCAAGAUUUAUAUCAGGUUGGAAUCAAAAGUUUCUUUGGAGUAUAAAUUAUUGGGUAAAUUUUGUGAAAGCUUACAAAGGUCUGCUAGACUACAGAAAACGGAUUGACGACAAACAUGUUAUGGCAUUUGAAGACUUUGCAGCAUACGCGGCAAAUAAUCCUUUUACAAUCCAAGCAAUAGAUGCACAUUUUCGUCCAGCUACAUCAAUUUGCUCUCCUUGCAGAUACGAUUAUACGUAUAUAUUGAAAGCUGAAAGUGUCGAUGCUGAUGAACCGUGGUUGAAACGGAGAUUAGGGUUAGAAGAUAUUAAUGUCGGAAGACGAGGGCUUCCACCAGGUGGCAGUGUUGUUAAUGGAGAUGUAAAAAACAAUAUUAAAAAGUAUAUGUCGAAGUUGGAGCCGAGCGUGAUCAAAGGACUAUAUAAAAUUUAUGAAAAAGAUUUUCAAUUUUUUGGAUAUACGUUUAAUUUUACAACUUUGGAGGCGGGUGGAUUUGAAUAAUCGUUAAAGUGUAAAUUUAAUAAAAUAGAAUAUAAAAAUCCCUGAGCGCAAAUUGUUAACAAGUGGUAGCGAUUGGGUAUUUGUAUCACAGCCUGAACAUCACAGAAUGAGGAGCAACUGUUUAUUGCGUCUCUUGCUCAAUGCUGCCUCCAAAGAGUAUUUUAUAAAUUUAAACUAGAUUCGAUUCAAAAACAAUCUCGAAUAGAGCCACAGACAGAUGGUAAAGUCUGGAGGACUGAUGAUGCUUUCUCCUAAUAUCUGAAAGAACAUUGCUGGUGAAGAUCUAGAACAGGGUCGUCCAACACGUGGCCCACGGGCCACUGGCCCACUGAAGGGUUCCGAGUGGCCCUCGCAGCAUUUUUCAAAAUUUAGUAUACUUAACUUAUCCCGAUGUCUCCACAAACCUGAGCAAAUAUUAACACCUGCCAUAAAAAAAUUAUUUCUUGUUUAAACGCGCGAGUAAUGUCACUUUUUAAGUCUCUUUGCGCAUGUGAUUGCCGGAGAGAAAUAUCUGGUCUUAUUUUUAUCAUAGUCAGUCUUGAAAAGACAAUUUUCGAGACAUCGCUUCCAAUUAACGAUACGAACGAUUUGCCUAUUCCAGUGUGUUGUAUUCAACCGCCACUUUCCAACGAGCCGUGAAUGACAAUUCAGAUACAAAUAUUUCAUAUAAGGUAGUAAGGUAUGCAUUACACCAUAAUGUUGCGGUAUAUUUCUACACAUUCCAAUUUUGUACAUGGAGUGAAUAUGAUCAACCCAAAUAUUUUUCGUUCCGUUAUAAUUCCAGCGAACAUUUCACUUGAAUUACAGAAACAUUUUUACAUAUUAUUUGACUUUCGUGUCCACAUAUUCCAACAUUGCUUCCUCGUUCACAAAUGGUUGAAGUCUAAGUCUUUGGUAAAAAAGCUACUUUGCACCGAGCGAUUGCUGAAAAUGACUAGGAACUCUUGGGACACUGGGAUAGAGUAGCUUUAAAAACAACAAUUUUUUGAAUUGUCGAAUGUUAUUUCAGGAUAUAAAUUAGGUGAUUAAAUUCAUAUAUAUAUUAGUAUAUAGUAAAUUUAAAAUAACCUUGUCGCGCUUUGAGUGAAUCAGCAAAAAAUAGCGAGCAUAAACGUUGACGUUUUCCUCAAUUCCUCAGCUCUGUAUGUUUAAAAUACCUUGAAAGUCCUAAAUAAAGCACACAUUAUCAC